AUGGCAGGGGAGAAAUGUCCAGAAAUAAGGGCUGAGGGUGAAAAACCGACAGGCUAUUACAAUUAUGGAUUUGACAAGACAGACAUCGAGAAAGAGCUUCCCAAACAGACUGUCAAACAAAUCCAACAUGAAGAAGAAAUACUUAAGUCUGAAAAAUGGUAUAGCAUUCUAACACAAGUUAGUGUUCCUUUCUUUAUAGCUGGUAUAGGUACCAUUGCGGCGGGAACUGUUUUGGCAACUGUAACGACAUAUAAAGUAUUUGACGAUAUCAGAGCCUUGUAUGUAUUAGUACCAGCGUUAUUAGGACUAAAAGGAAAUUUAGAUAUGUGCUUAUCAUCAAGACUUUCUACCCAAGCAAACUUAGGACAUAUGGAAGACCGAAGAGAAUUACUUAAAAUGGUGGUCGGCAAUAUCGUUUUAGUUCAGAUUCAAGCUAUAGUAGCUUCGUGUAUAGUAUCUGUGUUCGCUACUUCAGCAUCUGCACUAAUAAACGGAAACUUCCAAUGGUUACAUACUCUGCUGUUAGCUACAGCAAGUACCUUAACGGCAACGAUGUCUUGUUUUAUUUUAGAUAUUUUACUCGUAACUGUGAUCGUUAUAUCUCACAAAAUAAAACUAAAUCCUGACAACUUAGCAACACCUUUAGCAGCAAGUGUCGGAGACUUGGUUUCUCUUAUUGUAUUGUCUUCGUGGGCUCGCUUAUUAUAUACUAUACAUGAAAAGUAUCCAUGGCUUAUGGGUUUAAUAUUAGGAGGAUAUGUUUUAAUACUCCUUCCGCUCUGGAUAUACAUUGUUAAGCGCAAUGAAUAUACCAGAACUAUCUUAACUCAAGGAUGGACUCCGGUUAUUACUGCACUAUUAAUAAGUGGUACUGGUGGUUUAAUCUUAGAUGUAGGUGUGGAUUCAUUUAAAGGAUAUACCGUCUUUCAACCCAUUAUAAAUGGUAUAGGGGGUAAUUUGGUAUCAGUCCAAGUUAGUCGGACAUCGACGAUGCUACACAAAACAGCAAUUUUUGGUCAAAUGCCAUCAAUAACAAAACAGUUGGUUUGGCCGUGGACGGCUUUAAUCAAAGGAGUUCAUCCAGCAAAAACAGCUCGCCUGCUCAUCCUCUUAUCCAUUCCUGGCCACACAAUAUUUGUUUUCGCCGCCGACUUUUUUUACAAUAAAGAAUCAACAGUUACUCCUAUAUUUGUCUUCAUGUACCUGACAGUUGGCCUCAUACAACUAAUAAUCCUUCUCUACGGAUGCCAUCUUCUAGUUCAUACGAUGUGGAGGUUCAAACGGGAUCCAGACAACUCCGCUAUACCCUAUUUGACAGCAAUCGGGGAUCUCAGCGGGUCUGGAUUUUUAUUGAUAGGAUUUAUUAUUUUGAGAAGUAUUCAUGCUGAAUAUAAGCCAGUUGUAUGAAAGAUGUAGGUACAAAGUGUAUACGAAGGUUAGUUUUGCAACCAACCAAGCCAUUGAUGCUCACCAGUGAUAGAACUAUGUAAGAG